AAUAAAUCACUUUUUUCACUUUUAAAUUCAUCUCCUUUAUCUUUAUGUUUAUUUUUAUCUCUUUUUAACCUUUUAACCUUAAACCCACUUCUAUCCUCAACUUUAAGCUCAGUUUCUACAUCAACAUCUCUGUUUUGAGUAUCCUGUGCCCUUCUCCUUAAUUCUACCAAGGAAUCACUUAACCUUUCCCUCUUUAAUUUCUCUUUAUCGUUGAGCUUUUUUUCUAUAUCCCGAUGUUCGUCGAAUUUGACCUGGUACUGCCGGUCGUGCCUGUAAACAUUCCACUUUUUCUGUGGAAGUAUGUUCAAGCCACCGUGUCCACCCAUUUUUUAAAAUUAUAAAAUUUCCGGCCUCAUGUUUAACAAAUUUCUCGAACUAACUUUAUAUAUUUGGCUCAUCAGUAGGGGGUUAUCUGAUCUGACUCAAAUUCACAAUUUAUAUUGUAUUUGAAUAGUUUAAUGCUAUAAAAUUGAUAUAUACAUGAGGUGAAAAUUUUUAUUUAAUUUAAGAUGAAAGAGAUCGCAGAGGAAACUAGAGAUUUGACUGGCCGUCGCAUUUACGUGGACGGCGUUUUCGAUUUAAUACAUUGGGGCCAUCUUAAUGCCCUAAGACAAUCCUACGAACUCGGCGGACAACUUGUGAUUGGGGUUAUAUCAGAUGAUGACACGCAGAGGGCCAAGGGGAUCCCCCCGAUUUAUACUGACCAGGAGAGGGCUGAAAUAGUCCAGGCCUGCAAGUGGGUGAACGACGUUAUGGUUGGCGUUCCCUACGACGUCUCUUUGGACUUUUUGCUGAACACUGCAAAGUGUGAUUUUGUGGCCCACGGAGACGAUAUCGCAAUCGGCACAAGCGGAAUUGAUUCCUAUAUGGAACCAAAAAACGCCGGACUAAUGAUACAUUUUAAACGAUCCUACGGAGUGAGUACAUCAUCGACAUUGUCUAGAUUAAUUGAAUCGCUGGAGUAUGAAAGAUUUUUACAUUUAACUAACGGGAAUCACAGGUCAAUUCCUUCAGAUUUUGAGAGUGACCUUUUAAAGAACGAGAACGACUUAUUGAACGAGGGCUUAACUGAGGCUGAAACGAUAAGAUCUUAUGAGUACCACGUUUCAUACCCGAGGUGCAGAUUAAACUUGAAUCUGCUUUCAAAGUUUAUACCAAACAAAGAAAGGCCAAAAGAUGCCAGAGUAGUAUAUGUGGAUGGGAGUUUUGACCUCUUUCACAACGGACACGUGAGAUUUCUGAAGAAAGCCAGAGCAUUGGGAGAUUAUCUGAUUGUCGGAAUCUACGAUGACCAGACGGUCAGAACUAUUAAAGGCUCACCGUUUCCAUUCACCAAUAUGCUUGACAGGUGCCUUGUAGUUUCAGCAAUGAAGUACACUGACGACGUCAUUCUAGGCGCUCCUUACAAAAUUACUAAGGAAUUUAUCAAGAACUACGGAAUUGAUAUUGUGGCGGUUGGAAAGUAUAGCGAUUCUAGGCUUAUUAAUGUUGCUUCAAACCCUUUGGAAGUCGUGGAAAGCCUGGGAAUUCUCAGAUACGUCGAUUCUGGGCUGAAAACCACCAGCUCAGAAAUUAUUAAAAGAGUUUCUGACAGAAUGGGCCAAAUUAGAAGAAAUGUGUCGGAUCGCUGUAAAAAAGAGCUAAAUCACUACAAGGAUUACUACUGAUUUUUGUGUAAAGCAAUUUCAGCUUCCACCCAAAUUCACUUUUUUGGACAUAUACCAACUUGAAUGUAAUAAAAUAAUGAUAUAAAUUGUU